AUGGUGAAAACUACAAAGAAAUCUACAAUUCCUCGACCCUUAAACUGUUUUUUGCUCUAUCGUCUUGAGAAGCAAAAGGAAAUUGUUGCAAAAUGCACUGGUGCUAAUCACCGCGACAUCUCUAAAAUCAUUUCCAACUGGUGGAACAAUGCAACUGAAGAAGAAAAGAAACCUUUUAUAGAAAAGGCUCGUCUUGCCAAGCAAGAACACAUUCGAUUGCAUCCUGGAUACAAGUAUACACCUAGGAGGCCACUCAAAUCUAAGCGUGCUUAUGUUCGCAAAAAUAAAAAGGAACAA